AUGCCGUUAAGGAUGUCAGCCUCUGUUGCCGCUGCAUUCUGUUGCAUCUUCGUCCUUCUGGGCCGUCAGGGGAGCAAUCCUUUGGCCUCCAUGCCUGGUGGUUCCACUCGUCGUCUGUCGGACACAAUAAAUAUUGGAUUCCUCGCGGAAUACUCUCAAAUGCGGGUGAGUGACGCUAGGGGACUUCCACUGGCCAUUGAGGAUGUGAACAAAAAUCCAAACCUGUUGCCGGGCAGGAAGCUGGCCUUUAAGCCCGUUGACAUUGGCCACAAGACGAGUGCCUAUCGUGUCAAGCCGUUGAGGGCAAUGACACAGAUGCGGGAGGCUGGAGUGGCCGCCUUCAUCGGUCCGGAUGAGAGCUGCACUACGGAGGCGCUGCUGGCCUCCGCCUGGAACACCCCGAUGCUGUCCUUUAAAUGCUCCGAUUCAAUAGUCUCCAACAAAAGCACUUUUCACACCUUUGCCAGAACUCUGGCUCCAGCUUCGAAGGUCUCAAAGAGUGUAAUCAGUUUGCUAAACGCUUUUCAUUGGAAGAAAUUCGCCAUAGUUGUGAGCUCGAAGCCUGUUUGGGGAUCGGAUGUUGCCCGAGCCAUUCAGGAACUGGCAGAAGCCAAAUUUACCAUCAGUCACUUCAAGUACAUUUCAGACUAUAUACCGACGACGAAAACACUUUCGCAGAUUGAUAAAAUUAUAGAGGAGACUUAUUCAACCACGCGCAUCUAUGUGUUCAUUGGUGAGCAUAUUGCCAUGGUGGACUUUGUGAGAGGUCUUCAGAAUCGGAAGCUUCUAGAGAGCGGAGAUUACGUUGUGGUUUCGGUGGAUGACGAGAUCUAUGACUCCAAUCGAAGGGUUAACAUUAUGGAACGUAAUUAUUUAGAUCCUUAUAUUAGAAAAGAAAAGAGCAAAUCACUGGACAAAAUCUCAUUUCGUUCAGUUAUAAAAAUAAGCAUGACAUAUCCACAAAAUCCCCAUAUUCGCGAUAUUUGUUCGAAAAUCAAGGACUAUGCCCGAAAGACUCCAUUUCUGGUGCCAUAUCAUCAGCGGGUCUUUGACAACAUAUCGGUUCCCAUAUAUGUACAUCUCUAUGAGGUAAUGAUCUAUGUUCGAGCCAUAACAGAAGUCUUGCAACUUGGUGGCGAUAUAUACGAUGGAAAUCUGGUAAUGAGUCACAUCUUUAAUAGAUCCUAUCAUUCCAUACAAGGAUUUGAUGUCUACAUAGAUUCAAACGGUGAUGCCGAGGGAAAUUUCACCGUCAUCACGCUACAAAACGAUGUGGGCAGUGGCUCCUCAAGUGGAUCUCUGGCCAAGAUGUCAAUGCAACCUGUGGUUUUUGCCUACGACAAGCACUCUCUUAUUCCAGAAUUCCGCUAUAUAAGAAAUGACAGACCCAUCCAAUGGCUAAAUGGUCGUCCUCCUUUGGCAGAACCCAUUUGUGGUUUUCACGGCGAAAUUUGUCCCCGAAAGAAACUGGAUUGGCGCUAUCUGGUUACCGGACCCUUAUGUGCCCUUGUCGUUGUCGUGGCUCUUGCUCUGCUCAUCAAGCAUUAUCGAUAUGAACAAACAUUGGCAGGAUGCUGGGAAGUGGAUAUGAAGGAGGUGACUGUUAUUAAUCUCGGAGAGUACAAUAACCCCAGUAAUAAGAAUAUUUUCCAAAUCUGUCGUCAAAGCAUUCUUGUGGUGGGUGAACCCAACAAGCGAUCUUUUACAAAUAUAGCUCUCUUUCGUGGCAACAUUGUGGCCAUGAAAAAGAUUCACAAGAAAAGUGUAGACAUAACCAGAUCCAUUCGUAAGGAACUGAAAUUAAUGAGAGAGGUACGCCAUGAGAAUAUCAUCAACUUCAUUGGUGCCUCCACCGAUCAUGGAUCUGUGAUCAUAUUCACCACUUACUGUGCUCGCGGUAGCUUGGAGGAUGUGCUGGCCAACGAGGAUCUACAUUUGGAUCAUAUGUUCAUCUCCUCACUAGUCUCGGAUAUCCUAAAGGGCAUGAUUUACCUCCAUGACUCGGAGAUAAUAUCCCAUGGCAAUCUUCGAUCCAGUAACUGUCUCAUUGAUUCCCGUUGGGUUUGCCAAAUCUCUGACUUUGGCUUGCACGAACUUACGGGCCAAGAGGAACCCAACAAGAAUGAACUGGAAGUGAAACGUGCCCUCUGCAUGGCGCCGGAGCUUUUGAGGGAUGCCUACCGGCCAGGACGUGGCUCCCAGAAGGGGGACGUAUAUUCCUUUGGCAUACUCCUCUACGAGAUGAUUGGACACAAGGGGCCAUGGGGGGAAACGGCCUACACGAAUGAAGAAAUAAUCCAGUUUGUCAAGUGUCCGGAACUACUGCAGCACGGCGUCUUUCGACCGGCCCUGACGCACACCCACUUGGACAUACCGGACUAUGUCCGUAAAUGCUUGUGCCAGUGCUGGGAUGAGGAUCCGAGCAGGCCAGACAUUAGACUGGUUCGAAUGCAUCUAAAGGAGCUGCAGGCUGGCUUGAAGCCCAAUAUAUUUGACAAUAUGCUUUCCAUUAUGGAGAAAUAUGCUUACAAUUUGGAGGGCCUUGUCCAGGAACGAACUAAUUUACUGUAUGAAGAGAAGAAAAAAACCGAUAUGCUUCUAUACCAAAUGCUGCCCAGACCUGUAGCUGAGCUCCUUAAGCGUGGGGAUCCUGUAGAGGCCGAGUGCUUCGACUGUGUAACGAUAUUAUUCAGUGACAUUGUGGGUUUCACCGAACUCUGCACCACCAGCACCCCUUUCCAGGUGGUGGAGAUGCUCAACGAAUGGUACACGUGCUGCGAUGCCAUCAUAUCCAACUACGAUGUCUAUAAGGUUGAGACAAUUGGCGAUGCUUAUAUGGUUGUAUCCGGAUUACCCCUGCCGAAUGGCAAUCGGCAUGCAGGAGAGAUUGCCUCUCUGGCACUUCACCUCCUGGAGAAGGUGGGGAAUCUCAAGAUAAGGCACAAGCCCACCGAAACCGUUCAGCUAAGAAUUGGAGUUCAUUCCGGACCAUGUGCAGCAGGCGUUGUGGGUCAAAAGAUAUGCCUGUUCGGGGACACUGUGAACACAGCUUCCCGAAUGGAGAGCACCGGCGAUUCCAUGAAGAUUCACAUCUCGGAGGCUACCUUCCAGCUUCUGCAGUCCAUUGGCGGCUACGUCUGCAUCGAACGCGGCAUUACUAGCAUCAAGGGCAAAGGUGACAUGCGAACUUAUUGGCUGACCAAUCGCCAGCAAACCGAGCUUGCACCCGAUCUCAUCAGCACCGUGGACACACUGGACAGCUACUGCUCGAUGGAAAGAGCUAGUCUGGAGCACUCACUGCAUCAAUACUGCAGUCCGGCUCCGAAGAACUAUAGAUUGGGAUCCUGUAAUUGUGCCACCAAAUGUCUAUAUAGCCGCCGAUCCGAUGACAAUGUGACCAGUACCCACGACACUCCAGAGUUCCCCAAGGUCCAGGUUUCUGAACCAGCCCAGGUCAAUUGUAACCAUUUGUGUGUCUGCCGGCUGAAUAGCAGCCAAGUGUUCAAUAAUCGAAGUCCACGCUCCGCUCCGAGCAUUACGUUUAGACUGUAAGGAUUCUAUU